UGUCCUUUUGAUGGUCUGGCCCCAGUACUGCGCCUCAAAUGCGAACUUUACCUGCCCUUCACCUUUCAUGACAGGAGGGAGCUGGAAGAAGUCUCCAGUAACGAUAACCUGCGUGCCGCCAAAAGGUUCUACAGAUUUCUUUAUCAUGCAUCCAAUCUUUGCGAGUUUGUCAAAGAGGUCACCAUCAACCAUGGAAACUUCGUCGAUGAUGAGCACUUUGGUCCGUAGCCAUCGCGUCAUAGCUUUCUUAUUUUUUCUCACCUUAACGACCAAAUCAUCUGCGCUACCUACACCAAGGCCAAUUCCAGCCCACCAAUAUUACAUGCUGCGAUA